AUGUGCUCCGCUUCCCGUUCCAGAUGUGUCGUUGUCAUACGUCAGCUGACCGGUGGGGAUCGACAAUAUUUUAUUCAGAAUGCAAGCAAGAAACCACUGACUGCGGUCGAAUUCAGUCCUGAUGGGAAAUUCAUUGCCACGGGCGAGUCUGGGCAUCAACCUAUGGUUCGUUUGUGGAACGUGGCUGACGGGACCCAGUUGGCCGAGUUUGCCGGGCAUCAUUUUCGUGUUGUCGCUGUUCGAUUCAGUCCGUCCGCUCGUUACUUGGUCAGUUUGGGCAGUCCGGAGGAUAACACGUUGUAUGUGUGGGAUCGAGCUAGCGGUCAACGUUUGGCCAGUGCAAAGAUCACAAACAAGGUGAACGGAGUUGCUUUCAGUCCAACGGGACAAUUUUUUGUCACUGUCGGUGUACGUCACGUACGAUAUUGGUAUCUGGAACCGAGGCGAAAUCGGGUGAGUGACUGGUUGGUGCUCACAGAUAUGGUUUGA